GACCGCACUUCCGGGUUAGCCCAUUCAGAGAGGUGUUGGCUCGGCGACACAAUCAAGAAUACAAAGAAAAGGGGACCAUGGCUGAAAUAUCGCUGUAUCUCACCAAUGUCAAUGUAUCUUUGGCCCAAAACAUGGAUUUAGAUAAGGAGCCUGUUUGUCUGACCCAGAGCCCAAACACAGGUAAGGACUUUGAGAGUGUGGAGCUGGGGGACCUGGAGAGGAGAAAUGGAGAGCAGAAGGAGAAGGCGCCUCGCAGGAUAAUUCACUUCUCCAGUGGAGAGACCAUGGAGGAGUACAGCACCGACGACGAAGAAGGGGAAGAGAACGAGCCGGAGAAGAAAGAUCUGUUGAAACCUGUAGAUGCUUCUCAGAUGACCUGGGGCCCAUAUUUCUGGUUCCACAUGUGGAGGGCUGCCACCUCCACCAUUUCAGCUUGUGACUACGUAGGAGAGAGGAUGGCUUCCCUUUUUGGCAUCACGUCGGCAAAAUAUCAGUACGCCAUCGAUGAGUACUACAGGAUGAAGAAAGAGAAAGAAGAGGACGACGCAGACAAUCGUCUGUCUGAAGAAGCCGAGCGAUACUUUGACGAGCUGGGGUGUCACAACAACCAGGAUGAACCAAUCACAGGCCAGUCUGAGGUCACCGCCCCAUCUUCCAGCGUCUCUUACAAGGUUGAGAAUGAUCCGGAAGCCACACCAACCGCCAUCCGAGUACCAGCUAUUGUCACGACAACCUAACCAAUCCCUUAAGCUGUUUGUUAAUUCAGUUAUUUGAUUACCUAGUUUGUUUUGAGUUGUCAAGGAGGAUCACUAAUGUGUGUCUUUCAGAGCACUUGAUCUUGGUUGGAGGGACACAACAGUUGAAGGAAAGCAAUGUAUUUCAGUUACGUUGUGUGGGAAGUUUGGUAGAUUUAUGCUACUUUGCUGGAAGCUAAAGAGUCCAUUCUCAGUGGCCUUACUGCUCUUUACUCCUACAGAGUUUGAAUAUUCAACUGAGUCAAAGCCUAGUAGCCUAAACAUUAAUGCACUUGAACACAGAUAGCACUUGCUGCCCUGUUUAACUGCUUUAUUGAACACUAAUAUGCCACUUUGUCACUUCAUUUUAAUGUAAGUAUGUUUAAAAUCACGUAGAGCACUGAACAACAUUAGAAUUUGUCUUAGUGGAAGCAGACACCAUGUAGCCUUACAUGUUUAUACAGAAACACCUGGACAAGCCUUGGCUGAGGCUUACAGCCAAGGCACCUGGGCAGAGGUCACGGAUGUGUAGUUCCCCAGGUAGGAGAUUAUACUUGGACUCACUCUCCCAUCAACCCACUGGGUCUGUUCUCAACACAGGUGGGAGUAUGUCAAAUAAGAAAACACAUUUUUUACUUAUGUUUCAUUUAAUUUCAGUAUUGCCAGGGGUAUGUUUGAGUCAAGAGUGUGCAAACAUUCAGAAAUAAAACAGAAUUUAAAUAACCCCCCCCCCCCCCUCCCCCCACCCAAAGCAAUCUCCAGUGAAGUAAAUUCUUAUAGGAAUACACACACUGACAUUAAUGUUGAAAACCGUUUUUGAAAUUCAAGUAUUUAUUUUCCUGGUACUGACUGAGCAAUUUUUCCAUUAACUUAUUUCAGAGUUUUAGUAUGUGAUAACAUCCUAAUAAACUGUUAACAAAUAAACAGUUAUCAUUCAA